GCUCUCCUGUGCUCAGGCGAAGAAGACUCUGACAGCGACCCGGGGGUUAUCGACGGCCACCUUCGCCGGGGACACUCGACGGCCGGGCAUGCCUCCGACGACGACGACGAUGAUGUCAUUGACGACGAUGGCAGACGCGUACAGCCGAGUGCCGACGCCCGGUCUGAUUUUGAAGUGAUGAUGCUGCGCAAGAGAGCGGGCCGCAAGAAGAAAAGAAAGCCGGGUGAUGAGAUUACCGGCAUGGACGACUAUGUGCGCACGUUUAUCCGUGAGAUGAGAACGGCUGCCGAGGAGGAUGUGCAACUGAAUGAGCGACAGCAAGCAGCUACCAAGAAGCUGAAGAUGUUACCCAGUGUAUUACGCUGCCUAAACCAGGCUGAUCUAAUGCCUUUGUUCAUCAGGCAGGGUGCCCUAUCUUCGGUUGCGGUUUGGUUAACUCCGCUACCCGAUGGCUCUCUUCCACAUUUGACAGUGCGCGAUGGCCUAAUCACCUGGUUGUGUUCGGUACCCGAGCUCGAACCCAGCCAGUUGAAGUCGAGCAGCGUCGGCAAGGCAAUCAUGUAUCUGUAUCGCCAUCCCAAGGAGACGCGCGAGAAUCGGCAGCGCACUGGAAAGCUGAUCAGUUCCUGGUCGCGUCUCAUCUUCGGUCUUGAAGCUAACUACAAGCUGGUGAGCCGUGACGAGCGAGAGAUGCGCGAUUACAUGCACAUGAAGCGGCAGAAGCAGCGGCAAAGUACGGACGGAGCUGAUGAUGAACAGGAGAAGGGAGGACUACUUGGCGAAAGUGGCCAAGCGCUGAAACCGGGUGAUCGUGGAUUUGUGGGCCGUGCCCGUGUGCCAAAAGCAUCCAACAAGGACUAUAUUGUACGUCCAAAGUGGAAUGUGGACAAGGAGGCGAGUCGCAAGGGUAAGAAAGAGCCUGACCGGUUUGAGAAGCAGCAGCUGAAGCAUAAACAAGGCAAGCAAUUGAACAAGACCAGACGUGCUGCCGCCGUCAGUCUCGUUGGCACAAAGAUGUCAUUGUAAUCAAAACAAUACUCAGAGCAGCCCAUCCGCAUCUUCUGUACAGCAAAGUACCAGAUAGAUUGCCAUCAAGAACACUGGUCACGGUAUGUUGUACAAGGGUCCUUGCAAGUGGAUAUAUUAUAAAUAGGUAUGUUGUAUUAGUACUUCCUUGCUUGCUUCUUGUUUAUCUCUAUUUAAGUAUAGUCUGAUGUUGUUAGGUUUUCACCCGUUAUGCUCCCAGUUUAUGGUAGUUUUUCGUGUCCUGUACUUGAUCGUUGCAUAUCUGUAUGUAGGUGUGCUGUGUGUGCGUGUGUGUGUGUGUGUGUGUGUGUGUGUGUGUGUGCGUGUGAACUUGUUUGUGUUUAUACAUACUGUACGUGGAAGCGCGGAUGUCACACUGAUUAUAGUGAGGCAGCCUCGUGUCUGUUUGCUCUACAGGAGUAAAUACUGUGACCUGCCGCUACGCUGUUUUUUAUUGUUUUCAUCACUUUUUCCCAUUCUCGCAGCAGAGCGAGCUGAAUGCAGGCUUUCACUCAUCCAUCCGUCCUAAACUUACAUCAUUUUCUCCAAUUUUUCAAGUUUCCUGUAAAUCAGUAUGUUUGUGAGCAGCAGAUUAGUCUACCGUGUUGAACAGCGUGCACACACAAACUCUUGCAACCAGUCAGUAAGCACAGGUUUCUUGUGCUUGUUGCUUGAUACAGUUGUUAUGCAUUGCAGCUGAAUGGUCUUGGUUCUCAGCUUGUCCUAGCCUUGCUGUGAAUGGUCUUGGUUCUUAGCUUGUCCUAGUCUUGCUGGGAAUGGUCUUUGUUCUCAGCUUGUCCUAGCCUUGCUGUGAAUGGUCUUUGUUCUCAGCUUGUCCUAGCCUUGCUGUGAAUGGUAUUAGUUCUCAGCUUGUCCUAGCCUUGCUGUUCUAGUUUUUCUUGUACCAUUGCACAACCACAGUUGCCAUGGUUACCUGCUAUGCACCGA